AUGUCUGUCGAACUCAGCCCUCACGUCCAGCUGGGCUUCCCUCGCCCUUUGACCCAGCUCGUCAAGCGCACCUUGACGGUCUCUAACCCCAACAACCAGCCUGUUGCCUUCAAGGUCAAGACCACCGCUCCCAAGCAGUACUGCGUGCGUCCCAACUCGGGCCGUAUCGAGCCAGGAGAGAAGGUCGAGGUCCAGGUCCUCCUCCAGCCUAUGAAGGAGGAGCCCCCUUCGUCUGCCAAGUGCCGAGACAAGUUCCUGGUUCAGUCCACCAUCAUCACGCCCGACUUCGAGACCGCCUCGCUGCAGGAGAUCUGGCCCCAGAUCGAGAAGGAGAACAAGUCGGCAAUCCACGAGCAAAAGAUCCGAUGUGCAUACUUGCCCGCUACCACAGCGCCGCUCGCCGAGGAGGACGAGGGCAACCAGAGCCAGAUCAACGGCGACGACAAGUACAGCACCGUCCGAGGUUCGCCCAACGGUGACGAGAGCUACCAGUCGUACAACCCCAUCGCUGCUGCUCAGAACGCAUCUGCCAAGACCGACGGCUCGUACCCUGUCAAGGCCAAGGAGGCGCUCUUUGCCGCUGGUGGUGCUGCUGCUGCUGGUGCAGGUGCCGCGGCUGUUGCUACCAAGAAUGCCGGUGCAAGCGCUGUCAACGGUGUCACUGGCGGCGGCAGCUCUACUUCGUCUGGCGGUAAGGACGUGUCGAGCCUCUCGCAGUCCGAGUUGCAAGCGGAGGUGACCAAGCUCAGGAAGGAGCUCGAAAAGGCCAGAGGCUCGUCCGGCAACACGCAGACUGCCUCUGCCGACGGUGUGCCCAUCCACAUUGUCGCCGGAAUCGCCUUUGCUGUUUUCGCCAUCACCUAUGUGAUGUUCUGA